AUGGAAAAGAGAUUGCACGCGUUGAAUGGAUUAGAGAGGGUAGGGUCCCUUUACAAACCAUUCGACCUAAAAUUGAUUAUUGUUCCUAUAUAG